AUGACAGUAGAGUCUGGUUCAUCACACGUAUUCCAGGGCUACGUUGGGAAGCAAAAGGCCUAUGCUAAGGAGGGGCAGGGAGUUUAUAUGACCAUUGAGAAGAACGGUAAGGAAUACAAGCAUGUAUUCGAUGCCAUUAGUGGUGCUGCAGUGGCCUCUCUGGGAUGGGGCGACCCAGAUAUUGCUGGCAUCAUGAGCGAUGCUCUGACAAAGCAUACUUACAGUUAUCCCGGUUUGAUAGCCAACGAAGAGGCCGAAAAAUUGGCCAAAUUCUACAUCGACCACUCUGCUCCGGGAGUUUUUGCCUCUGCUCUCUGGACAUGUUCAGGGUCCGAGUCAACUGAAAAUGCGUUGAAGAUCAUUAGACAGUAUCAGAUCGAACGUAAGAAGCCUAGAAAGAUCAAGAUUAUCUCGAGGGAAUGCUCGUACCACGGUUUCACUCUCGGGGCAAUUUCAAUCGGUAAUACACCUCGUGGAGCCGCCUUCAAGGAUAUGAUGAUCAACCAGGAGGACGUGUGUAUCAAGAUGCCUCGUUGCUGGCCAUAUAGAGACAUGAAAGAAGGCGAAACCGAAGAGGAGUACACGCAGAGACUGCUUGAUGCCCUCGAAAACAUCAUUCUCGACAACGAUCCGGAAACUGUCUCAGCAGUGUGCGUAGAGACGCUACCGGGAAGCUCUAUUGGCACUCCAGUGCCUCCAAAGGGCUAUUUGAAAGGGCUUCGCGAUAUCUGUAACAAGUACGAUCUGGUUUUCAUGCUGGACGAAGUUAUGUGCGGAACAGGAAGAGCCAAUCCUAACGGGAAACUGAACUGCUGGGAAAAUUUCCUGGCACCAGAGGAUGCUCCGGACAUUCAAACCGUGGGCAAGACCCUAGGCUCGGGGUAUGUCACAAUUGCGGGUGUCUUGAUAAGCCCUAAGAUCCUCGGUGCCUACGUUGAAGGUACGGGCCUAAUCCUUGGAGCCCAAACAUACCAUUCACACGCAUUCAAUUGUGCCACUGCGUUGGGAAUCCAAAAGAAAAUCCUGCAAAACGGCCUAACCAAGAACGUCUUCGAGAAUGGUAACUUGCUUGGGAAGAAACUGCAAGAGGCACUCCUCGACGAGCCGGACAACUUCGUCGGUGAUGUCAGAGGGCUUGGUGGGUUCUGGACCAUCGAAUUCGUCAAGAACAAGAGUACCAAGCAGCCAUUCCCUCCCGAGAUGAAGGUGGGUCCAUGUUUCGCGGACAUCGCCCUGGAACACGGAGUCAAUGUCAUGGGUUUGAGCGGUGCCGACAACUACGGAGGCACCUGGGACAUUUGUCUACUGGGACCCUCCUUCAUCAUUACAAAAGAUGACGUGGAAGUCCUCGUUCAAAGAUUGACCAAAGCAGUGCAGGCAUUAGCUCAAAAACUACAAUCAAAAGCUUAG